CCCUUUCAGAUUGCAAAGUUCUAAGCUCCCAGAGCCUAGCUACACAGAUCAUCGGUCACCAAUGGAGGUUCUCAACAGCUCCAUUUUCCUUUUAGGCGUUUGCCUUCUCUUGGCUUCAUCGACAAUGUCCUCCGCAGAACCCAAAACCCACAACCACGAAUUUGUUAUUCAAGCAACACCAGUGAAGAGGCUGUGCAAAACCCACAAAAGCAUCACCGUGAACGGCCAGUUUCCCGGACCAACCUUGGAAGUUAACAACGGCGACACUCUCGUCGUCAAGGUCACGAACAAAGCUCGAUAUAACGUGACCAUUCACUGGCAUGGAAUUCGCCAGAUGAGGACUGGAUGGGCAGAUGGGCCGGAAUUUGUAACUCAGUGCCCGAUUAGACCUGGAGGGAGCUACACUUAUCGGUUUACGAUUCAAGGUCAAGAAGGAACACUGUGGUGGCAUGCACACAGCUCUUGGCUUAGAGCCACUGUUUAUGGAGCCCUUAUUAUUCAUCCUAAACAAGGAGACUCGUAUCCGUUCACUAAACCAAAGCGCGAGCAAACCCUUCUUCUGGGUGAGUGGUGGGAUGCAAACCCUAUCGACGUCCUGAGGCAGGCGACUCGAACCGGAGCUGCUCCGAAUGUUUCUGAUGCUUACACCAUCAAUGGUCAACCUGGUGAUCUUUACAAGUGCUCGAGCAAAGACACAGUGAUAGUUCCCAUAAACUCCGGCGAGACCAACCUCCUCCGUGUCGUCAACGCCGCCCUUAACCAACAACUUUUCUUCGCCGUGGCCAACCAUAAACUCACCGUUGUCAGUGCCGAUGCCUCGUACACAAAGCCUUUCACCACGACCACCCUCAUGCUCGGCCCCGGCCAAACCACUGACGUUUUAAUAACCGGCGACCAGCCACCUUCCCGGUACUACAUGGCUGCGCGUGCCUAUUUCAGCGCACAAAACGCACAGUUCGACAACACCACCACCACCGCCAUUCUAGAGUACGAGUCUGCUCCAUGCAGCAACUGCAAAAACGGUCCAUCAACUAAGCCCGUCAUGCCGCAACUCCCAGCUUACAACGACACCAACACCGCCUCCGCCUUCACCACCAGCUUCCGAAGCCCUAGAAAAGUCGAAGUCCCCACCGAUAUCGACGAGAACCUCUUCUUCACCAUCGGCCUCGGACUCAACAACUGCCCCAAGAACUUUCCCUCCAGUAGGUGCCAAGGCCCUAACGGUACGCGCUUCACCGCCAGCAUGAACAAUGUUUCUUUUGUGCUACCAAACAACAUCUCCAUCCUUCAAGCUUUCCAGCAGAACAUCCCCGGGGUAGUAACUUCUGAUUUCCCGGCAAACCCUCCGCAGCAGUUUGACUACACCGGCAACGUGAGCCGAUCACUGUGGCAGCCCAAGUCCGGGACCAAAGGAUACAGGUUAAAUUACGGAUCAAGGGUCCAGGUGGUGUUGCAAGACACUAGUAUUGUCACACCCGAAAACCACCCGAUUCAUCUCCAUGGAUACGAUUUCUACGUCCUUGCCGAAGGGUUUGGAAAUUUCAAUGCCAAGACUGACACGCAAAAAUUCAACCUGGUUGAUCCUCCUAUGAGGAACACAGUUGCAGUACCAGUGAAUGGUUGGGCCGUCAUAAGAUUCGUCGCUGACAAUCCAGGUGCAUGGAUAAUGCAUUGUCACUUGGAUGUUCACAUCAACUGGGGUCUGGCUAUGGUUUUCCUGGUGGAUAACGGAGUCGGAAAGCUCCAAUCAGUUGAGCCUCCACCGGCGGAUCUUCCUCUGUGUUAAGAAUCUUGAUCAUCGAAGCAUCGAGUCGAAAACCCAUUACAUUACAGGGUUUCUCAUUUUUCCCAUGAUAUUUUCCUAGUUUCAAUUACGUUGUUGUUUAAUCCCUUGCAUUUUGGGGUCUAGUUUGUGCUCCGUUCUUUUUGAUACUUAAAAUGGGAUUAGAGGAGAUAGUGCUGGGAUUCCAAAACCCUGUACUAUAUGAUUUAUUCACAGGGCCGACCCAUAUGUUUUAUCGAUUUCUAGCAGUUUGUAUUUCCAUUAAGAAAACAUUAACAAACACUCGAUCAAUGAAAUGAAAUGUUUGCUUUUUUUG